AUGAAAGCAACAAAGUUUGAAAGACUGUUUAUUAAAGGCAGAGGUAGCAAAAAGCCAGAUAUCGAUAAAGCUACACAACAUAUUAAAGUCAUUGAGGAGAUAAAUUUUAAUCAGAAUUCAAAACCUCCAAAAUUUGACGAAUUUACUCCUAUUGAUGCGGAUGCUAAGAAAUCUAAAAAUCAACUUUCGUAUGAGUUAUUAAAAGCUAUGGGUCUGACAGAUAUGUUAGACGUUAAAUACAUUAACAUUAAAGUAAAACCAUUUGAUUUACCAGUUUAUAUCCAUCAGCCUACAUUAAUUUUCAAAACUGGAGUUAGAUCAAAAACUAGUGCUAAGGUUUCAGAUAGAAAAAAUUUUGAUUUCAAGUUACUCAAAAAGGAAAUGGAAGAAUACCAAAGACAAAGGGAUAUUUCUAGAAGUGAUGAUGAAGAAGAAGAAGAAGAAGUAGAAGAAGAAGAAGAAGAAGAAGAAGAAGAAGAAGACAAUCAAAUACAAAAUGAGAACAAUUCCAUCAAUGAACCAAUUAUUAUACCUUAA